UAGUUUUCCUUAACUUUUUCUAUAAAAAAAAGUUGGUUUUAUUUUAUUUGUUUUUCAAAUGGAAAUAUCUGUAACCUGAUUUUUUUUCUUCAAUUAAAAUGUUGUUUCUUUCUGGGUUUUCAUAAUUUCUUCUAAGUUUCUUAUUAAAAGGAGAAAUUUGUGGAUAGUUUUGAUUUUGGGUUUCCCUUAAUUGGGUGUUGAGGGUUAUGAGGAAUAGUGGAGAUGGACACGGGCAAUCCAAAACUCAAGUUGGAAGUGUCGUUUCUAGGUCCGCUCGGAGUUCGUUCCGAGCCAUUUCCAGCUACUUAAGGAUCGUUUCUUCCGGUGCUUCCACCGUGGCACGGUCGGCAGUUACCGUGGCAUCAUCGAUUGUUGAUAGGGAAGAUGAUUCUGAGUAUGAUCAGGUUAAUUGGGCUGGGUUUGACAAGUUAGAAGGCGAGGGAGAUGUCAUUCGACAAGUUCUUCUUCUUGGUUAUCGGUCUGGUUUCCAGGUUUGGGAUGUUGAAGAAGCAGAUAAUGUCCGCGACUUGGUUUCGAAGCGCGAAGAUCCUGUGUCAUUUAUGCAAAUGCUACCGAAACUGGAGGCAGCAAAGAGAUUGGAUGACAAGUUUGCAGACAGCCGUCCCCUUUUGGUAGUUUGUGCCGAUGGCUCCCUCUCCAGGGACAAUGACAUACAGGGUAGAUGUAAUGGAAGCACACCCAACCAUGAUGCUGGGAAUGGUACUGUUGUGCCUACCGUUGUCCUGUUUUAUUCCUUGAGAUCUCAAUCGUAUGUACAUAUGCUAAAGUUCAGAUCAGCUGUUUAUUCUGUAAGGUGCAGUUCUCGAAUUGUUGCUGUAGCUCAAGCAGCUCAGAUACAUUGUUUUGAUGUCACAAAACUAGAGAGAGAAUAUACCAUUCUUACGAAUCCGAUAGUCUCAGGCUGCCCUGGUUCUGGGGGUAUAGGUUACGGACCUGUAGCGGUUGGUCCUAGGUGGCUCGCUUAUAGUGGAAGUCCGGUUGUAGGCUCUGAUUGUGGACGUGUCAGUCCACAACAUCUUACACCUUCUGCAAGUUUCCCGGGUUUUUCUUCAAAUGGGAGCCUUGUUGCACACUAUGCAAAAGAAUCAAGCAAGCAACUUGCUGCUGGCAUUGUAACCUUGGGAGACAUGGGAUAUAGGAAAUUGUCGAGAUACCUUCCUGAUUCAUACAAUUAUCUGCAAUCUGGAAGUCCUGGAUGGAAAGGCAACGGAACUGUUAAUGGCCAUUUAGUGGAUGUCGAUAACAUCGGAAUGGUAAUUGUCAGAGAUAUUGUCAGUAAAGUUGUAAUCACUCAGUUUAGGGCGCACAGAAAUCCUAUUACAGCAUUAUGCUUUGAUCCUAGUGGGACGCUUCUUGUGACAGCUUCUGUUCAGGGUCAUAAUAUCAAUGUAUUCAAGAUUAUGCCUGGACCUGGAAACUCAUCUGCUUGUGAUACACAAACAUCAUACACUCAUCUGUACCGGCUGCAGCGUGGUAUUACAAAUGCUGUAAUACAGGAUAUUAGUUUCAGUGAUGAUAGCAACAGGAUCAUGAUUAGUUCUUCAAGAGGGACAAUCCAUCUAUUUGCUAUCAAUCCAAUGGGAGGAUCUGUAUGUCUUCAGUCUGGUGAUGCUGAUUUUGCCCAUAAAAAUGGCAGUUUGGGUGUUAUGACUAAGCCACAAGUUCCACGGCUGCCAAAUUCAAGUCUUUGUGCAUCUGGACCCCCUGUUACACUUUCUGUUGUUAGCAGAAUAAGAAACGGGAGUAAUGGUUGGAGAGGUACUGUAAGUGGUGCUGCGGCUGCUGCGACUGGCAGGAUGGGUUCCCUUUCAGGGGCCAUUGCUUGCUCUUUCCAUAACUGCAAAGGCAAUAAUUUUUUGCUUUCUGAGAGCAGCUCUUUAAAGGGAAAAUACCACCUUUUGGUUUUCUCUCCUUCCGGAUGUAUGAUACAAUAUGCUUUACGACCAUCAGCUGAGCUUGAUUCGACACCUGUUGUUACUGGAUUGAACACAACAUAUGAGUCAACUACAGAUUCUGAUGUAAGGUUAGUAGUCGAGGCAAUCCAGAAGUGGAAUAUAUGUCAGAAACACACACGAAGGGAGCGGGAUGAUAAUGUUGAUAUAUAUGGUGAGAAUGGAACAUUAGAUAACAAUAAAGUAUAUCCUGAAGAAGCAAAAGAUGGAAGUACAUACCCUAACCCCUCCUGUACUGUCAACAAAGCAAAUACAAACUCUCAGGAAAAACAUAAUUUGUAUAUUUCAGAAGCUGAACUGCAGAUGCAUGAGACUCGGGUGUCACUGUGGGGAAAACCACAGAUGUACUUUCAAUCAAUGGUGAUGGAUAGCAUCAAAAUGGCCGAAGAAAAUGCUUUUGGCGGGGAAAUAGAAAUUGAAAACUUUCCAACCCACAUGAUUGAAGCACGGUCGAAAAACUUGGUUCCGGUUUUUGACUACGUUCAAACUCCUAAGUUCCAGCAAGCAAGGAUUCGAACUGUAUAUAGCAAUAGCAAUGGACACCUGCUGCAUCAAAGGUCCGGGCCGCCUGAAAAUGGCAGGCUUUCACAUAGAACCUGCUCUGGCUCUCUUGACACCGUGACUGAAAAUGGUGCUCCACUCUCUGAACUCCACACUAGCAGCGAAGGAACCAGUUUGAAUGGUCCUAAUAUGCCUCCAUAGGAACCGAAGGCUUUUGUAAAUAACAGUCAUAGCAUCUCGAAAUUAUAAUAGAGAGAGCUUAAGAAUGGAAAGCUCAACUCAAGUUUGUAAAUAAUAACAGCGAAAGCCUCAAGAGAUGGAGAAUCAUUUCGAAGAUGAAGCUAAUGAAGAUUAUGGUUAGAGGUAAUCUGAACCCUUUAUUAAGUCGUUCAAGACGAAGCAGCAAUUCCUUCGGCUAAGCAUUGAUUCUUCCUAUUAUUAUCGUGAAUUGAAUUCGACAUCUCUCCCAAUUCCAGGGGUGCAUAUAUUCUUCUGAUACUAUGGGGCUGGAAAUAUGUAAACAGAGGCAAAGCUGAACCUGUGGAUAUUAUGUUGUGAGGUUUCUCAUAUGUUAAACUUUGUAAAUAAGAGACCAAUAUUUAGCUGUGAUAUUUAAUGUAAAUAAUAGCAUUACUUUA